AUGUCUAUCAAUGAUAAUUUAUCACUGGUUUUACAUAAAACAGGUGACUUGCGUUUAGAGAAUAAGGAACUACCCAUAGCUACAGAACCGGGACCUAAUGAGGUGUUAUGUAAGACACAUUCGUGCGGCAUAUGUGGCAGUGAUAUUAGUCUAUGGAAAAAGGGAGGUAUCGGCCAAUAUGUCAUAAACCAGCCGCAAGUAUUGGGCCACGAGUGCAGCGCACUGGUAGUUAAAGUAGGUGUCAAUGUCAAACAUUUGGUAGCCGGUGAUCGGGUAGCCAUCGAGCCGGCAGUACCCUGUCGCAGGUGCAACUAUUGCAAAACCGGUAUCUAUAAUCACUGUCCGAUGGCUAACAUACAACUCAAGGGUGUACCGCCAAUGCCGGGAAUGUUGUGCAGACAGUUUACACACCCGGCUGAUUUUUGUUUCAAACUACCGGCUAAUAUUACCUACGAAGAGGGAGCUAUGGUUGAACCGUUGACCGUAGCCGUACAGGCCGUACGUCGUGUAAAGCUAACCAUCGGUCAGUCAGUAUUGAUAUGCGGCGCCGGUACUAUCGGUCAGAUGUGUUUGGCUGUGGCUAAAGCCUACGGAGCCGCCAAAGUCAUUAUUACUGACAUCAAUGAGUUCCGACUAAAUGUGGCCAAACAGAUGGGCGCCGACCAAACUAUACUUAUUGAUCCGACCAAGAGUUCCACUGAUGAUGGUAUUGACGACAUUAUCCACCAAAUACUUGGCAAUGAAAGAGGACAGGGAGUUGAUGUAACACUGGAAUGUACGGGUAGCGAGAAUAGCACACAAGUGGCCAUCAAUUCUACCCGUAAAGCCGGUAAAGUUGGUCUGAUUGGUCUCGGCCCACAACAGGUAACGGUGCCAUUGGUUACCGUAGCGAUUCGUGAGCUGGACAUUGUCGGAGUGUUUACUUAUCGCAAUUGUUUUCCAAUGGCUAUACAUUUGCUGGAAACGGGAAAAGUUAACAUCAAAUCACUGGUCACUCAUAAGUACCGUUUGGAGCAAUCGAUGGACGCUUUCAACAAAAUGAUAGAACCGGACAAUAAUGCCAUCAAAAUACAGAUUCAAUGCAAUAAAGAUUUUUGA